UCAUUUUAACCAAAAUGGGGAUACCGUGGUUUUUCGGUUUCUUUAUCAUUUUUUUGCUGGAAUGGACUAAUGCUAUCAAGGACCCAUCAUUUAUUGGAUGCAAACUUAUCGAGCAUACUUCGAUGAUGAUGAAAUUAAAAAAUCACCUUUUUUGUGAAUAUGAUUCAACCGUUCGACCUACAACCAAUCAUCAAGUGGUCACUAAUGUUACAAUGGAACUCGUACCGAGGUUUUUAGAUUUUGAUGACUACAGCAGUACGAUGACUCUUCACAGUUGGAUGAUUCUUAACUGGAAGGAUGAACAUCUCACCUGGGAUCCUAGUAAUUUCAAUGGUAUUACUUCUCUUCAUAUAAGCAGUGAUGAAAUAUGGGUACCAGAUUUAUCAGUUUAUAAUUCGGGUGAUAUGUCAUUAGAACAAAAUGGUGUUCCCUCGACCAAAUGUUUGCUCAUCAAUACAGGCUCGGUCAUGUGUAUACCGGCAUUGUCAUACGUGACCAAAUGUAUCACUGAUUUUACUUUUUGGCCCUACGAUAAGCACGUAUGUCGUAUUAGGUUUGGUUCAUGGUCGCACACUGGAGAAGAAAUUAAUUUUCAUUUCGACAAAAAAGGAUACGAGAUGGACGGUUAUGUGAAUAAUACGGAAUGGAGUUUGAAGAUCUCAAGUGCUACGAAGACCGUAAAAAAAUUUGAUUGUUGUCCUAACGAUACCUUCCCUAUACUUAUUUAUACUUUUCUUGUAGACAGACAAUCAGGAAUGGUACAUGUCACUGUUGUUACACCUGCCAUAACUAUGGUAGUGUUAACAUUGACGGUUUUAUGGUUGGACUCAAGGUCGACCGAAAGAAUAGCAAUGGCCGGUAUAAAUUUCAUUUGUCAUUUUCUUUGCCUUUUUGAUUUGCAUUGGCAAGUACCCCAUAAUGGUGAAAAUGUACCACAUAUUUGUAAGUAUCUUGAUAAAUUAACAGUUCGAUUGCGCAAUAUUGAAAGAUUUCAUUAAAAAGUCUUAACAAUUUCAGUAUUGUUUUAUCGUGAUUCUCUUGCGUUAGCUGCAUUCGCAUUGAUCUUGACAGUCUUGCUAAGAAAAUUACAAAAUAUG